AUGGAUGAUACAGGGCUCACUAGUGGUCUUAGGCAAGCUUUGAAUGACCAAAGGGAGGAAAUGAAGAAACGGAAUCAACUCCCAAAUGGAGGCUACAUUUCCGAUCGAUUCGUGAAAGAGCUGUUCACGCGCGAAAAGCUCCGGCGCCAGUUGCAGCUUGAUUUACCAAAGGCUUCCCUCCAGGAUUUCUCGGAGCUUGUAGUUUUCAUCGAAAGACGGGCAAGAAAGAUUUUCGCGAUUCUCGUCCUGAUCAACAAGGGUGGUCGGAUAGUCAGCCUGCAGAAUAGCCAACCCAUAUUGGAUGACCAUGCGCUCUUCGACAUUUCUCAUGACGACGCUAGUAACUCUCGCUUUGUACUAGAGAGGUUACUGGGUAUUCCUGAAUUACGCGACGUGGCACAAGAGGUCUACGAGAUGCACUGGGUGUUUCCUACAGUGCUUUCGCCGGCCGUUCACUUUGAAUUCGACCCAAAGUUCUUCAAAUUUCCGUUCAAGAAUAAACCCGAACGCAUUGGCUCUGGUGGAUUUGGACAGGUGCGUAAGGUGAUCUUUGAGAAAGGUUACCUCAAGGACUUGGAUGGCCAUGAUGAGAACGACAUGGUCGCGUACAAGAAGAUUCUCCCCAACACUCAAAAUGCAGACGAUGUGGAAAGAGUGAUGAAAGAAGUGAGGUUCUUGAGAUCUCGCAAGCAUCCCAACCUAUCGUCAUUAAUCGCUAGCUUUACCGCUGGCCUAGAGAUGCCCACAAUCGGAGGACAAGAGACAAAAUGCCUGUUUUUGGUGUCCCCUUUGGCAGAAAUGGACAUGCAAAUUUGGUUAGAUCAAAAACCGGAUGACAUGGAGCUGUACGAGACGUGGAGAUCCCAAGAGUUCAAGGCCGAGGUACAAGAUUCAAUGAGAGGGCUGAUAUCUGGACUGGCUUACAUCCAUCGAAAGAUUGGCUAUGAGGCCGGAUACCAUGGGGACAUCAAACCGAAGAAUAUCCUGAGGUUUGGGUCGCAAAGAAUGCUGGCCUGGAAGAUCUGUGAUUUUGGAACCUCAAAUCUGAAGCCUGUGGACGACACAGCGACUCGGAAUGUUGCUACUGACCCUUAUUGGGCACCGAAGGAAUUUGUGACUGACACAUCAGAAGACACGAAUCACGGUCGAUCUCACGAUGUUUGGUCGAUGGGGUGCAUAUUCGUUCUCUUGGCCACCAUGUUAGUACAUGGGAGGAGUUCAGAGGGAUUGGAAGCCUUCGAGAAAUUACGUGCUCGAGGUGGCAAGGAAAAAAUGGAACAUGCCUUCUCCAAGUGCCCGGACCAGAUCAAACAAUGGAUAGCCAAGCUUAAGGGGCAAAACGACAAACUAAGAGAUCUUCUUGAUCUCAUCCAGGACAUGUUACAACCACGCGAAGCUCGGAUCUUCUCAUGGGAAGUCGCUGUCGACAUCUCAAUAUUCACAAAUCCUCUGAUUAGCCGUGAAGAGAUUGUGAAGCACCUUGAAGACGUAAUCCAGGUAGCGAGACCUGCAGAUCUAGAGCUGAAGCACAAUCCGAUGACUCGAGCAAGGAAAGAUUCGAAGAAGGGUCAUAGUUACGAGCAAGUACUACUGAAGAAUGGAUGGUACGAUGACUUGACGAGCAAGGCGGAAAUGAGUCUCCAUGCAGCUAAGCGCUCAGUGUCGACUCUCCCUACACUUGAGCAUGGAGUUCUCACCUCUGAUAUGAAAGCUGUCAUCGAUACUAUAUCUAAGCGAUUCGAAGAGAAGAGUUCCGUGGCACUUGUUGGACUGCGAGGUGUUGGAAAAUCACUGGCCGCUCUUCAUUAUGCUACUGGUUCGGAAGGACUAAGACCCCCUCCAGCCAAAGAUGUGUUCUGGGUGCGCGCGAAUGACCUCAAGGAUUUUGAUGACUCGUACGAAGCAAUUGCAGCCGGGUUCAAGAUCGAGGAUCCAGGCUUUGGUUCAAAGGAAAAGCUGCGACAGUUUGUGAAGUCUCAUCUCGAGAAGUCACAGAGAGAUUGGUUCAUGGUUGUUGACGGAUUUGAUCAUGAUCGGGAAACUAAUGUCAUCAGGCACUCGCUACCUAGUAGAAACGGCAAGAUCUUGUACACCACAAAAAACCUUCUCCAGGUCAAAGAUCUCGUAGACUGGAAGAAGCGCAGAGGAUGCAUUGAGAUGCAGUGUCCUGGCAGUGCAAGUGCUAUGGCACUGUUUUCCACUUACGUCGAUGAUUCCGUCAUCGACACGGGCGGCACACAUGCUACGCGGCUUUCGGAGGAGUUUAACUGGCCUGAGAUGAUACAACGAAUUUCCAGGUACAUGAACGACACGCAGAACAACUAUCGACAGAUGUACAAGCUUCUCCAGGAAAGAAAAUACGAGCAAACGGAAUAUCUUCUACCAAACUUUGCCGAGCAACUCCUAAUACCUACCCUGGGACACUCUCUGCGGAACGAGAAUGAGUGGUCUGAUGAGCUUAGUCUCCUGGUGCUUCUUUGCCUGUUCGACGAUAAGACAGGUCUCGAUUUAAAGCUCAUUCGGGUGGAAUACAGUAUGCAACAACGCGGGCAAUUGAACGAGUGGCUGGAGAAGUUGCUUGCUUGCUGCUUCAUUCGCAAACAAGACACUGAUCGUGCGCAUCCGGUAUAUUUGGUCGACACGACAGUAAAUCUGGCGGUGCGGGCAUGGAUGGUAAAGAACGACACUCCGCGGAGCAAGCUCCAACGUUACAACAAGGUCUUAUCCAUGCUGUUCAGAAGCUACGAUUCCAGGAAGAAGGCAGAGCUGAACAAGAGAAAUAAAACCCCUUCCAGGGGUCAAAAGUCUUUCGCCAGUUUCAAAGCGGCUCUUAUGCCCCAUUUCAACAGAUUUGUCAAGUUUGCUGGAGACAAUGCAGAGCAGAUUUCUUUCUCGCUGUAUGAUCGAGCCGUUCAAGCCGUUGUUCUAUUUUCAGACGUGCUCGUGCACAGAGGCCAGUUUGAAGAUGCUAUCAAAGUUCUCGAGUUCACGAAGAGACACUUCGGACUAGAGGAGCGUUCACGGACAGAAGGGGAAGAAGACACGAAAGAAAAAGGUAGCAACAAGAACAAAGCAGAAGAUGAGAUGGAGAGAGAAAUCGAGAAAGCUAAGGGGAAAACGCGACGGCGCCGCCGUAAUGCAUACUUUCAGCUUGUCGACCUUCUAGCGAAGGCCUACCUUUCUCGACCGAAAGAUAGAAAGUCGCCCGACUACCUCGAACGAGCAAGGAAGCUGAUCGAAAAUUCGCAGCGAGAGACCGCAAGUAGCGAUGAUACCGUGAUCUGGAAAGGACGAACGCUACGUGCGUGGGAUUUGCAGCGUCAAAUGGUACGUGUUUUGUGGAAAAGCGGAGAGUUCGACAAGGCCCGGGCUGCAUUCGGAAAACUUUCGGAGAUCGCGGUCAAGCUUGAGGGUAACGAAGCAGUGCUACAGCAUCAUGAAGAUGCUGUAUACGAAUCGAACGACAAACAAGAGAUGCAGAAACUUGCGAUCCAAGUGAAGCGCGAGGAAAGCUUACUCGCCUUCGCUCACGGAGAGAAGCUUAAAUCCAACGGCAAGAAGACUAUGGCGAUGAAGCAAUGGAAUGCAGCAUACUAUGCCUGUGUCGACUCACAGAAAGCGCUGCAACAAUGGUUUUCCACGGACGACACGAUGAUGUUUGAGAUCAAUGAGGACAAAGCAAAGAUUUUGGUGAGAAUUGGCAACACGGAGGACUUGAACGAUGCGGCAGAUUUCUUCCAAAGAGCUCUGGAGAUAUUUUCUCAAGAGGGCGAACAUGCGUACAAACAACGAACUUGGGACUUCAAGUGUAGACUCGAUGAGAUCAGGCUCAAGCGAAGGGGCCCAGGGGAUCUUGACAUGGCCAAGGAAUCUUUGAAUCAGCUGAGAAGUGAGAUCCAGGCUGCUCUGGGCGACAAGCAUGAUCUGACGCUUCAUUGCGCGGCGCUUUCAGUCGAGGCAUGCAACGCAACAGGGAAAAGACAAGAGGCUCGCGAGCUCGAAAGAGCAUUUGGCAACCUACCUCGCUCCGAGAGGCGCUCACAAUGGACCAGAUGGCUGGAGAAAGUGAUAAGAGCAUAUUGGGGUUAUUGCUUUACUGUCAUGUGCUGUGUGAUCGUGGCCUGGAUAUUGAGAGUGUAG